ACUAUUGUGUGUAUUUGUCUUCGUGUCCCCUAUCCUCUGUUUUUUAUUUAGAAAUUGUAAUGUUUUGUUGUAAAAAAACGAUUAUAUUUAAUUAAUAAUGAUUUGAUCGACUCACGAACGAAUGUUUUACAUGUAUUUCUUGUGACAAUGAGCUUAGUAUUUAAACAAACAGCUUAUUUGUGUAAGGCUUGAUUGUCUGUCAAAGAAUAGGUAUAUUAUUGCAGCCGAAAAGUGAAAAUGUUCGUGUCCGUUAUAUGCUGUGAUGUAUGAGUACGAUGUGGUAAGAAAGACUGAUGAAGAAGAAGAAGAUGGAAUUAUAAUUGUGACUAAUUAGCUGGCUGUUCCGAGUACCGUGGUACGAUGGAUCCCUCAAUAUUUCUGCAAUAUUCGCCCCCGAAUGGGCUUCCCCAAGAGUCGAAGUUGGUGACGUACAUGAAUCGCACAACUUCGACCCCCACCAGGUCCCUUAAUCAAGCAUUAGGUAAGCUCAGCUUGGAGUCUUCCCCUACUGCCAUUAAAAAGGUUCUGAUUAGUGAGUUUGUGCCGGUUAACUACUUUAGUCCCACAAACAUCCUACCGGACUCCCCUGAAAGCUCCCCACCAUCCACAUUGGCCACCACAUUAGCUGUGAUACCCCCAAACACACAAGUACAUCAGGAAAAUGUGGGUGGUACUACAUACUUCUACUCGACCAACUCUGACAACCUCAACACCCUCAACACAUCAGGACCUUUGAACUCUUCAGCAUCUAUUGGUGGUGCAGAGGCAUGUCUUGGUGUUGGCCCCGUCGCGACGGCAUCGCCUUACGCUUCGCAGAUCUAUGCGGGCACACCAACACAAAUGGGCCCACCACCAUUGACAUCGAAACCAGGCCUCGCCGCCUCCUUCUACAUGCCUGAGACCAUCAGGUCGGAAGUCUACCAGAGGAACGAUGACGUCUUCCUGCAGACUGAUCUGCGACAGUUUCCUGAUUUGCCAGAAAAUGUGGAGAUGUACUCCGAACUGACGCCCCUUGAAUCCGCCGCCCCACACUCCAUGGCCACAUCAUUCCGCGCAUCGCAUCGUCAAAGCGGCGAUCAUUACGCGCUGCGACGCCUCCAUGCUUAUGGGGCAAUAGUCACCAAACGGCUGGAAAUGUGGAAACAAAUCGACCACCCUAACGUCGCGAAGCUACACGACUACUUCACGACCAAAGCUUUUGGGGACCACUCUAUGGUGCUGGUGUACGACUACCACCCCGCGUGCGUGACCCUCAUGAACAAGUACCUGUCGGGGGGCACCAACCCUGUACAGGACGCCAACGGCGCCUUCCAUGACCCCUUCUCCUCGGACCCCGACGCGCCUCGACCCUACACACAUCAGAAAAAUGCCAUGCUUCGAGCGGUGGCGUGCGGCGCGUUGCUGCCUGAAGCGGUGCUGUGGAGUUUGCUUGUGCAGCUCACAGCAGCGCUGAGAGCCAUACACACUGCCGGCCUCGCUUGCAGAACCUUGGACCCGACAAAAGUGGUAAUGAACGGGUGUCGAGUGAGGAUCGCGUGGAGCGGAUGCGCAGACGCACUACACACCAACGCAAACGACGUCGGACAGGCUCAACAGGAAGAUCUGACGGCUCUGGGGCGGCUGGCGCUCGCACUAGCGUGCCGCACCAUACAUUGCGACAACUUAUCCGCGAGUAUGGACCUCGUGUCCAGGACCUAUUCCGCGGACCUCAAGAACCUUAUACUAUACUUGUUGUCGUCGUCGACGACUCGUCGCUCUGUCACUGAUCUCAUGCCCAUGAUUGGAGCGAGGUUCUAUACUCAGGUGGAGGCCUUAGAACGACGCGCGGACGCAUUCGAAGACCAACUGGCCCGAGAGAUAGACAACGGACGGCUGUUACGGAUUCUCAUUAAAUUAGGAGUCGUUAACGAGCGCCCAGAACUGAACAUGGACGCGUCGUGGUCGGAAACCGGUGACCGUUACAUGCUGAAGCUGUUCAGAGACUACUUGUUCCACGCGGUUUCUUCGGACGGGCGGCCGUGGUUGGACCAGGCGCAUGUCACCCACUGCCUCAACCAGCUCGACACUGGCUCCGAGGCUAAGGUGGAGUUAAUGUCGCGCGACGAGCAAAGCGUACUUGUGGUAUCGUAUGCAGAACUGAAGCACUGUUUAGAGCAAGCAUUCGACGAAGUGAUGCAGGCGGCCGCGUCGCCGCCCUAGGGCUUCAAACAUAGACGCGUGUAUUGUUAACGAUGGUCAAUUCUAUCCCCCCUCCGAGUUAUCGCCAACACAGACACGUUUUAUUAACCUUUGUUCAUUUUUAUCGGUGAUCCGGUUAUCGUAAAUUUUAUCACCGAAAUAAGUUUGUCUGAUGCAAACAUUUUGGUGUGUACUUUUCGCCUUGGCUAUUCCAUGUUCGUUUAUGUAUUUACUUUAUAAUUAAAUUGAUUUGGAAUUUGAAGAUUUUAUUUUUAAAGUGUACAUUUGAAUGAAAAGAAAUGUCAAAAUUGAUUAGCUUUUUUUAAAAUACUUAAUAUGUUAUAUCUUGCUAAGUCUGCGGUUACACUGAUCUAACCUCUAUGUCUCCAAUAAAAUCGCUUUAUUUUUGGAAGAAUAACUCAGCCAUCCUAUUUGUGUAAAACAGAAAUGCAUUGAGCUUAGUUGAAAUGGAAACGCAACCUAAAGUCGGCAGAGGCCUUAAACUGGACUUUUGCUAAAGUAUGACAUAUUUUUUAUUACUUUUGUGGAGAAA